AUGAGCUUCCCACCGCCCAAUCCCGGUCAAUAUCCGCAAUAUAUACCUCCACCGCAAUACCAGCCUGGCCACGUCGCGCCGCCUCAGUUCCCGUACAAUCAUGUCGCGCCCCCUUCGCCGUCGCCCUACGGCUGCGGUAAACCAGCUGGCUAUCCAAUGGGGAUGAUGCAGCAGCCGCAACAGCAAGUCUGGAACCAAUAUGGCCAUCACUAUGCACAGCAGAUGUCUGCGCAAGCGCAGCCCCAGCAGCAGCAACAGCCAACCCUACAACCUGCGGCCCUCAUCCACCCCCAACACCUCGCGCAACCUCAACAUCCGGCCUUCUCUCAAGCGCAGCAGAUUCCCAUGUCGCAACUGCAACAACCUCCAAUCUCUCAACCCAGACAAUCCCCCAUAGUCCAGCCGCAUCAAUCACCCCUUCACCAGCCGCAACAGCCAUCCCCCCGCCUCCAAAUGCAGCAACAGUCUCCGCGAGUCCAGAUUCAGCCGCAACAAUCUCCAAGACCCCAGCUGCAGCAACAGCAACAGCAAUCCCCUCGACCGCAAUUUCAACAGCAGUCUCCGCGACCACAGUUCCAGCAACAACCGUCUCCCCGUCCUCAAUUCCAACAACCGUCUCCUCGUCCUCAAUUCCAACAACAGUCUCCUCUGGUUCAGAUGCAACAGCAGUCCACUAUCGUUCCAUCGCAACAGCAAUCGCCGAGGCCUCAGAUGCUGCAGCCGUCCCCUCGGCCUCAACUAAAGCCGCAGCCUGCUCCACAACCUCAGAUGCAACAGCAUCAGCAGCUGCAGCCACAGCAUCAGAACCCGCAGCACCAGCACCAUCAGGCGCAACAUCAACAACAGGUGCAGCAGGUGCAGCAACAGCAGCCACGAUAUCAGCAGCCCCAGCCACAACACCAACAAGCACACCACCAGCAACCGCAGGCCCAGCAGCCCCAGCUGCCCCAACAACCACAAUACCAGCCACAACCAUCCCCGGUCUCCAAACCUCAGACCGUUCCGCCUCAACCUCGGCCACCGCCUAUGCCCCCAGCGCCUCCUCCAUCAUUACCCCCAGAAGAGCCACAGCAUCAGUUCAUCAACCCGGCCGAGCUCUUUGUGCAGCCGCCACUUCCAACGGCCCCCCGCUCACGAUAUGGCUCCUUGUCUCAAUAUGUCGACCCAAGCGACUUGUCGACUUCGCUUGAGUUGCCCCCGAUGUCGUCGCUUGGUUCAUCAACACCUCCUCCAGCUGAACCCCAGGCCUCCCAAGCACCGGACCAGAAAGCCACGCCCACCAGUCCUCAGCAAAAGACGGAGGCUACUCCUAAGCAGUCAGAUAUAAAACAGUCGGAUAUACAGAUACAACCUCCACCUGCACCGAAGCCAGUCGUAAAGGUGGAGCCUGCAAAGCCCAAACCUGCGCCGAAGAAGGAAGUGAAACAACCCGCAGCCACACCCAAAAAAGAGCUCAAGAAGGAGCCUAAGCAACUUCCGGCCACAACCAAACCCACGUUACCAAAAGCUGCAACGCCAAUACAACCCCAGCCAACCCCCUCGCCCACAAAACAUGCCGUUCCGAAAGUGAUGAUACCUCCGCCUUCUCAAGAGUUUCGCACCAGCAGUCCGAAGCCACUUCCGAAGAGACCACAGCCAAAGAAACAGCCAAGUCAGCAGACUACCGACAAAAUCGCAAAGCCCACCAAGCCUCCAGUGGACUACCAGGUCUUGCUGCUUUCGUUGGCGGAUGAAUACUUGAACGCUGCGCAUCGUCAUGGAACAAAGACAGCCCUAGUCACCAGCCAGGCAGAUGUUGAGGAGUACUAUAAGCUAGUCUCAACGGGGCUUGGGUGCUUGGAAGCGGUUUUGAAGAAUUGGCGGCUGCAACCUCGCAAGGAAGCUCUAGUGCGGCUCCGUUAUGCUCGAACAUUGUUUGAGGAAACCGACAAUGACCUCGAGGCCGAAACGGCUUUGAGUAAAGGCAUUGAUCUUUGUGAACGAAAUCGUAUGCUGGACUUGAAAUACAGCAUGCAGCAUCUUUUAGCGCGCAUGCUCCACAAGACCAACCCCAAGGCUUCACUGAAGGCGGUCGACGGUAUGAUUCAGGACGUAGAAGCAUAUCGCCAUACGGCUUGGGAGUACACCUUUCGUUUCCUUCGCGUGACCCUGUCACUCUCUUCUUCGUCACACCAAGAUUCUGUGCAAGCUCUCCAGCAUUUGAACAAAAUCUCGGCCAUGGCUAGUCGCAAUGGAGACAAAGCUGUCGCUGCAAUGGCUGCCGUCAUCGAAGCCCUGGUGCACUUGCAGCAAGGUACAGGAUCCGAUGCCAUCGAGCAAGCACAGCGUGCUGUAGCCGUUGCGCGAAGCCAUCAACUGAAUGAUGAGCUUCGACAUAUCCCGCAGCUCGUCACUCUUACCCAGAUGGUUGAUAUCUGUUGCAGCCUAUUGGAGUACGAUGUGCCACAGGCUUCUCAAAAACUCAAGGUUCUGCAGACUUUGGCUGAUGAAACCCUCAAUGAUCCGAACUGGCAGGCGGAUGGGUCAUUCUCAAUUCCUCUGAAUGGAAAGUCUGCGGGCCCGUCCUCCAUCGACACUGGGGACAUUCUUCAAGUGCAAAACGGCACAGUCCUUCUUAGUUUCAAUUGGCUUCCCCAGCAUGACCUCUAUGCGCUCUCAUACUUCCUAAGCUCGAUCACACUCAGUGCUAAGAACUCUUAUGAUGGUCGAAAGGCGGAGCAAUUCCUCGAUGAAGGACUUCGAAUGAUUCAAGGAGGCUUCAAAACUCCACAGGAGAUUUCCGAGUCCAUGGCCAAUGCCUCGAGACGUAUCGAAUGGCGCCGCUCUCUUUGUUGCAACUUCCUUCUGCAACGGGUCUUCCUAGCCUGUGCUCGUACCGAUUGGGACCUGGCGACCCAGUCUUUGAAAGAGCUGCGGCAGUUUACGCAAGAGUGCGGUCCCAACCUGCCCAAGCCUAUUGAGUGCUUGAUGGAAUACGCCGGUGGCACCAUCGCCCAGGCCACAGGCGAUCUAGCCCGGGCAUUAAGCAUUUUCCAAUCCCCCUUGCUAUUGCUCUCACCAUCCGCUAGCAAAACAGCACGCAAUGAUCCAUGUCGAGAUACAUGCAUUCUCGCAGCACUCAACACCAUCCUUAUCAUUCGCGACCCCUCUCAUCCAUCCCAUUCCUAUCUUCCUACCAUCCAAGCAACCCUCGAACCCUUCUGCCAAAACGGGCCAAACAAAUACAUCCAAGCAGCAUACUAUCUCGUCUGCGCCACCGUGCAAACAGAAUCGACCAUUCAAACCAAGACCUUCCUCCAACAUGCCCUGCAGUCUGCUACGACCAUCAGCAACUCGCAAAUCACCUGCAUGACCCUGACUUUCAUGAGCUGGAAAUACUUCCGCGGCGUUGUCGGCGAACAAGCCGAGAAGAGUGUCCGAGCUGGUCGCGCCAUGGCGAAAAGAGCGAAUGACCGCCUCUGGGCCAGCGUCACUGACGAGAUGCUGGCCGAGACUCUUGAGCGACAUGGCAAAGGUGACGAAGCUCGAAGUGUGAGAGAGGAGGGUCAACGGUUGAUUACAGGUCUCCCGCCUAGCUUGAAGCGUCCCGCUUGA